CAGAGGAUAUGAUUCCACAUUGGUUGGUGAAGCAAAUACUAAUUGGUGUAGCAAAGGUGCUUCCCAAAACUAACUUAGUUCCACAAAAGGAAUAAAUGAAAGAGAAUAUAUAUAGAGAUUUGAAAAAGAGAAAAAUGGCUCCAUAUAAUGUUUUGCUCUACAAGGAUAAACCAAGACUAGGAACAGCAUUGGAGUUGCUCAAAGUUACUCAAGAGCUUGAACAAAGACUAGAAGAAGUUUCUCUACCAUUGUUGAUCAUGCAUGGAGAAGCUGAUGUAAUAACAUAUCCAUCAGCUAGCAAAGCUUUAUAUGAAAAAGCUAAAGUCAAAGACAAGAAACUGUGUCUCUAUAAAGAUGCUUUCCAUACUCUACUUGAAGGUGAACCUGAUGAAGUUAUAUUUCAUGUGAUUGAUGAUAUCAUUUCCUGGCUAAAUGACCAUAGCAAUACAAAAAACAAAGUUUGAGUAUCUUGUUUUGUAGUAUUUGGUCAGAGCUACUUCAGUUUUUGGCAUCAUGUUUGUU